AGCUCUUUCCUUUCUCGCUUCCCGGCCAUCUUGGCGGCAGGUCUCUGACUGAGGGUCCUCCCGCACUGCAGGCAGGAAGAUGGUGGCCGCAAAGAAGACGAAAAAGUCGCUGGAGUCUAUCAAUUCGAGACUCCAGCUGGUUAUGAAAAGCGGCAAAUACGUGCUGGGCUACAAACAGACCCUGAAAAUGAUCAGACAAGGCAAAGCCAAAUUGGUCAUCUUAGCCAAUAACUGUCCGGCUUUGAGAAAAUCAGAAAUUGAGUAUUACGCUAUGUUGGCCAAAACUGGUGUACAUCAUUACAGUGGCAACAACAUUGAAUUGGGUACAGCAUGUGGGAAGUACUACAGAGUAUGUACACUGGCAAUCAUUGAUCCAGGUGAUUCUGAUAUCAUUAGAAGCAUGCCAGAACAGACCAGUGAAAAAUAAACUGUACAAAGUAUUCUUUAAUAAACUGGGUAAAGCUUGUUUUAAAAAAAAA